GUCCUUGUUGAAAAUGAUCAUAAGCCACUUGAGAUCAUUUUAAAGAAAUCCUUAGAUGAUGCUCCUCUCAGACUCAGAUUGCAAAGGAUGUUGUUAAGAUUACAGAAAUAUGACUUCACCUAUAAACAUAAACCGGGCAAGGAUCUUGUGGUAGCGGACACUCUAUCACGGGCACCACAUCUCACUACAGAUCCAGAGUUAGAGAAAGAAAUAUAUUGCUAUGUUCACAUGGCGAUGAUCAAUCUUCCUGCAACAGAUGACAUGAUGGCAAGAUUCAGAAUGGUCACAGAAGAAGACGAAUAA